CUACUGAACGGUAAACGUGUGCUAUUUCUUUCUCUCUAAGAUGCAAGCCUAAGACCACUCUCAACCAAAAGGCAACAGCGAGAUUUUAGGCAUAAAAAUGAAGGAGGAAGCCGAGCAAAAGAAGGAUAAACUUUCGGACACAGAAGAAAAAGAGCAACAAAAUGAUAUCGAAAAGUCCGCGAAAGAGAAAUCGCAAGAAGCGAGUGACGAAUCCCGCCAGAAUGGUAGCGUUCGUCUACGUAAGGCUAAGAGGAGCUCUACAAACAAGCCUGAUAAUACCAAGAAAAGUAACGGUAGCAAAAAACCUCCGAAACUUUUUCCCUCAAGCAAAACGAAGUCCACUUUAGCGAAGUCAUUGAAACUAAACUUCCAGAAAAUGUGUAGCAGUUGUGGAGCUCUGAUAGCCCUUGUCGUAGUGGUGAUACUCACUUUGGCCACCAGACUUUACAAGUUAAAUGAUCCCCCUCAUAUUUGUUGGGAUGAAACACAUUUUGGAAAACAUGCAAAUUUUUAUAUCAAGGGUGAAUUUUUCUUUGACGUCCACCCUCCUCUAGCCAAGAUGUUGAUAGCUUUAGCGGGUUAUCUGAGUGGAUAUGAUGGAUCAUUUGCUUUCGACAAGCCAGGAGAUGAAUAUGGAGAACACAGCUAUGUUGGAAUGAGACUGCUGUGUACAAUGCUUGGUUCUCUGUGUGUUCCUCUUGCUUACUUGAUGGUCUGGGAACUAACCAAAUCAACAGCAGCAUCUGUCUUAGCUGCUUGCUUUAUUAUAUUUGAUAAUGGAUGUAUCACAAUAUCUCAAUACAUUCUCCUGGAUCCAAUCCUAAUGUUUUUCAUUAUGUUGUCUGCAUUCUGCCUUACAAAGUUCCAGUCAUACAAAAAUGAACCAUAUACCAUUCAAUGGUGGAUCUGGAUGUUUGCAACAGGAAUCUCUCUUUCAUGUGCAUUUAGCUGCAAGUGGGUAGGACUGUUUGUGAUACUUUGGGCUGGUUUAACCACUGCUAUGGAAUUGUGGGAAAUUCUGGGUAAUCUGGAAAUCUCGUUGUUUGACGUUGGCAAACAUUUAAUGGCCAGGGUGUUAGGUCUCAUUGUUGUUCCAAUCACAAUCUACUUGUUCUGGUUUGCUGUGCACUUCAGGAUGCUUCCAAACACUGGGCCAGGCGAUGGGUUUUUCAGCUCUGCUUUUCAAUCAACACUAAAAGGAAACCAGCUCUACAUGUAUUCAGUCCCAGAAGAUCUUGCAUUUGGCUCCAUCAUCACGCUAAAGAACCAUAGAGGUGGUGGUGCUUUACUUCACUCUCACACUCACUUGUAUCCUAAAGAACACCCUCCAGAGCAACAGCAGGUUACUGGUUACUCACAUAAAGAUGACAAUAAUAAAUGGCUGGUGAAGAAAGCAUAUGAACAAUAUGACAGCGAAAAACCUGUGGAGUUUGUAAAGAAUGGAGAUUGGAUCAGACUGGAGCAUGUCGCGACUAAGAGAAAUGUACACAGCCAUAAUGAAAAGCCGCCUUUGACCAAGCACCAUUACCAAGUAACAGCUUAUGGAGAUAAUGGUAAGGGAGAUGCAAACGAUUUCUGGAGGGUAGAAGUUGUGAGUGGUGCAAAUGCAGAUAAUCGUGUCAAGACAGUGAAAACCGUCUUUAGACUCGUACAUGUCAACCUUGGCUGUGCUUUACACAUGAGCACAAAGACACUACCUAAAUGGGGAUGGGAACAACUAGAAGUGUCCUGUAAUCCAACGAUUUAUCAUCAAAAUAACUUGUGGAAUGUUGAAGGCCAUGAGAAUGACCGAGUUCCGAAAGCAAGUCCAGAACUAUACAAACCAUCCUUCUUUGAGACUAUAUAUGAAUCGCACUUAGUAAUGGCACAAACAAAUGCAGGAUUCAAGCCAAAAGAAGGCGAAGUGACUUCUCAACCAUGGCAGUGGCCUAUAAACUAUAGGGGUCAAGUAUUUUCUGGCGCAGACAACAGAGUUUACCUCCUUGGAAAUCCUGUCAUCUGGUGGUUCAUUUUUGGCCUCAUGACCUUCUCAAUCAUGAUGUUCUUCUUCUACGCCUUGAAGGCCCAGCGUGGUUACGUAGAUCCGCCACAGUUUUUAG